UGGAGGGAAAACCAAAAUUCCCCAGAACCCUCAAAAUCAAUGCCGAGAAGACGCCUAAGACUUCACUGCUCCUCCGAUGAAGAAGAAGAAGAAGAACAGCUCGAUAACGAACCUCCACUGGAAAGCUCCGCCGUCACUCACCAACCCAUAACCCUAUCACUUCCUAACCCUAACCCCGCUGAACCGCUUCCAAUCUCCGACGACGAAUUCGUUGAUGUCUACGACAGCUUCACCCCUCCCUCUUCCCCUCCUCCGGAGGCGUCCGAAACGGCUGCUCCGGUUACAUCAGUGGAGAGCUCUGACUCUCCCAUUGGAGACCUUCUUUUAAGAAUGGGACUUAAAUUGAGGAGAGAGUGGCUGGAUUCUUGCGUUCAAGGACUGCAGAGCUCGGUCCCUAGGUUUUCGACUCUCGAUGUUUCUGCAAAAGCGAAGCUUUGCUUUCAACAAUUCUUGUUUUCGGAUAUGAAUUAUUCCGGAGGCGGUAUUCUUCCCGAAAAUGUUGAUUCAAUGCACCUUGUUGAUCUGAAAGGACCCUUCGUCUUGCAGGUUGAUGAGAUAGUAAAUAUUAGUUGUCCGCUCAAGGGAAGAUAUCAGGAUGCGCCUCCUGGGAUCAAGAGGUGCCUUAAGUUAUCCAUGACAGAUGGCGUUCAACGUGUGUUUGGCAUGGAAUACAGGCCUAUUAAAGAUCUCCAAGUUUUGGCUCCCGCUGGAUUGAAGGUUGCCAUCUGUAAUAUACACAUACGACGUGGGCUUCUUGUGCUGGUCCCUGAAAGUUUAGAAGUUCUAGGGGGAGUAGUUGAGGACUUAGAAGCGGCACGACAGCGUCUUGUUAAUGAAGUAAACAAGCCACCUAGGGGUAAAAGAUCAAAGACAGGAGUGGUUCCUCCUUUAGCAACUAGAGCAACUCUUGCUGCAUGGCCUCUGAAUGGUGUUAAUGCUGUUGAGCCCACUAACAAUUUGACAUCACAAAGUGCAGCUCCCUUUCAGGCAGAUGAAAGAGGUGCCACUUUGGAUUUGUCUAGCACUGUUACUACUCAAAGAACUGUAGAGAAGCCUACUGCUCAUAUUGGUGGGGUGAAUGCCGUGCCUAAUUCAUCAUCUGAUGUUGUUUUGGAUGUUGAGAGGAUGCAAAUUGAUAAUGUUCCCAUUAGCAGGGAAAACGAGGUGUCAAACUUGAACCCCGAUACUGCUCCUGAUGUUGAACAUAUCCAUAUGGCUGAUGUGGUUGAACAUCCUCUCAUCCUGUCUGGAGACCGAGAAGUCCCAUUUACCUACUUAGCUAGUUUGUCAGCCAAGUGGGCUGCUAUUAAAGAUAAAGCUACAUAUGUACAGGGAAAAAUUAAGUGCUUCUUGACUGGUGUAAAGAGUUUCCAGUAUAAGCAAAGGACAACCUAUGAGCUACUGUGUUAUGUUGAUGAUGGCAGCCUCAUCUCUGAGAUCCUCAUUGAUCACAAUGUUGUGCAAAAAGGAAUAGGUCAUUCUCCACAAGAGGUCACUGCUGCUCUUUCUUCUUCAGACAAACAAAUAGUUAGUGGAAUGAAGGAGAUUAUGAGGCAGUUCCAGACAUUUUUAGCACAUUUUGAGGGAAUGAUGCUUAUAGAGAUAAACAAGAAGUCUUCUCUUCCAAUUGCAAUAGAGAUGACCCAGGGCUGUCCUGCAUCUGAUGCACGGUUGCUUCUCAGAAGAUUGGAGCCUUCUGCUUCUUCUCAAACUCCAGAGCACCUGCCAUUGGAUCCCAUUGACAUAUCCCCUUGAUUGGCUGCAUAUCACGACUGUCUUCUAGGAUGUUGGAACCAAUGCUAACAGAAUUGGCUACCUUCACUGUGAAUUUCGAAUUGGAUCGCAUGAUCCCUUUCAUGCGAUUAAUUUGCAGGCACAUUACAGGCCAAUCCAGAAAUCAAGGAAUCAUGGAACUUCUGGGAUUUUCUUUGAAUUCUUUACAAAGCCGAAGAGAUGUGGCAUGUAUUUGUUUAGGAAGGACGAAGGAGAGAUUUGGAGAAGAAACUGGUAAGAAAAAUCCGGAUUGCAAAGUGUUGGAGACCAAAGAAGAGAAGUGUAGAACCUUUGCUUUUUGGGUCUAAGUCUUGAAGAAGUGAAAUGAGCAAAGAUAUCAAGGUUGCAUUUUAAAAUAUGAAUUGGAAAGAGGGAUUUGGAUUUCAAUUGUAUAAAUGUAUAAUGGAACUUAUGAAAAGAUAGCUUUUAUGAUUA